AUGAGCAUCGUCCUGAAGGAGACAAUGGAAGUCAUAGCUCAAAGCAUCGGAAUCAGCAAUUUGUCCUCUGAUGCGGCACUAGCCCUCGCUCCCGAUGUGGAGUACCGACUCCGCGAAAUCAUGCAGGAAUCAAUCAAAUCCAUGCGCCAUUCCCGCCGGGCCACCCUCACUACCAACGUCGACUCCGCUCUCACUCUCAGAAACGUUGAGGUAAAUGGACAAGAGAGAGAGGCUCGCUGA